AUGUCAGCGCCGAGUACAAUCAUGGCCGAAGCGCUACCCAAAUUCCUUCUGCCUCGUCUCAGCUGGACAGCGGCGGCGCCCUUGUCCUCUUUCACCUCGCGGAUCGUGGGCCGACAGCAGACGCGGUCCUCCUGCGAGUGGCAAGGACAAGGACAACGAGCCUCGUACCACCAGCACGCCUCCUCGCCGACGUCGACACGGCACAGAGCCCCCUCCCGCCACCUGAGCCCGAUCCUGCAGAGGGCCACGUUCCACACCACAGCGCCCCUGUCGCGCGACCACCACUUUGACACGCUGCGGUUCGUGCAGCGCCUCCAGGAUGAGGGCUUCACCACGGAGCAGUCGGUGGCCAUGAUGAAGGUCCUCAACGACGUCAUCGAGGAGUCCAUCCAGAACCUCACGCGGACCAUGGUCCUGCGCGAGGACGCCGCCAAGGCCACGUACACCCAAAAGGUCGACUUUGCCAAGCUGCGCUCCGAGCUGCUCUCGGCCGACUCGACAGAGUCCAACACGACGCGCAGCACCCACGAGCGCCUGAGCAACGAGAUUGCCAAGCUCAACAGCCGCCUGCGCGAUGAGAUUGGCCGCACCCAGGCCAGUGUCCGCCUCGAUCUCAACCUCGAAAAGGGCCGCAUCCGGGAGGAGGCCGUCGGCCAGGAGCUCAAGAUCAAGGAGACCGAGACCAGGAUCGAGCAGGAGGUCGCCGCCCUGCGCGAGAAGCUCGAGCAGGUCAAGUUCCAGACCCUCCAGUGGCUCAUGGGUGUCUGCACUGGUUUCGCGGCUGUGCUACUCGGUGCCUGGAGGCUGCUCAUGUAG